GGGCUCUAUGGAAGGAGAAAAAAAGACAACACGAGAAAAAUUAGUAUUUUCUACCUUCCGAAAUUAAUGGCCAUGAGUUCGUAUAUGGUGAACUCUAAGUAUGUGGAUCCCAAAUUUCCUCCUUGCGAGGAAUAUUUGCAGAGCAGCUACCUAGGCGAGCAGGGGGCCGAGUAUUACGGGGCCUCGCAGGGCUCCGAUUUCCAGCACCAGGGGCUCUACCCACGGUCAAACUACAGCGAGCAGCCCUUUGGCUGCGCCGGUGCCCAGGGCUCUGCCGUGCAGCCGCGGGGUCACGGACAGGAGCAGUCCGCCCCUCCGAGCCACUUCCCCGGCCAAGCCGAGCAUUGUCCUCCGCCUCCAAUGUCCAACUCCCGAGCCUGCGGCCAGCAGCCAGCCCUCAAAGCCCCCCACGGGUCAGCAGUUAAGCAGCCAGCAGUAGUUUAUCCCUGGAUGAAGAAAGUCCAUGUUAACUCGGGUAAGGAUCCUCUUCUUACUUUGCUCUUCUACCCCGCUCCCGCGUGUGUCCUCAGGGAUGCUCGCUCGAGCCCUGGCGAGGCUUUAAGGCGAGGCGGCCAAUUACACUCGUCGUAAAUUUUUAUUGCCGAGGAAAUAGGCCGUCGGCGUGCGGGGCUCUUCCGCGCAGGAACCGCGGUAGGAGCCGGCCCCGCGGAACGGCCGCGCCGGGCACCGCCGGAGCGCUCCUGGGGCCGCGUGGGAAGGCGAGGCGGAAAGUCCCCCUUCGGUCUGUAAAGUUCUCCGUGUUUCUUUCCCAGUGAACCCCAAUUACAGCGGAGGGGAACCUAAGCGCUCCCGAACAGCUUACACCAGGCAGCAAGUCCUAGAACUGGAAAAAGAAUUUCAUUUUAACAGGUACCUGACCCGGCGCCGCCGUAUCGAGAUAGCGCACACUUUGUGUCUCUCUGAGCGCCAGAUCAAGAUCUGGUUUCAGAACAGAAGAAUGAAGUGGAAAAAAGACCACAAACUGCCCAACACUAAGGGCAGGUCUUCCUCCUCCGCUUCUAACCCCCACUUACAGACUGUUCCCAAGGACCAUCAGACUGACUUGACAACUUUAUAGAAGAGGUGAAAUUUUCCAUUUCAUCCUUCGAUUCUGACCAGUACUGUACAUAAGUGACACUAUCCAAGCAGAACCUGCGUGUAGCAGCCAAGGACUCGAGAAACUGCCAUCUCUCCGUAAGGUACUGUGGUACAAAGGAGACUGAAUGACGCUACUCCGGACUUUAUUUUAUUUGCCUCUCGCUAGCACAGAAAGAAAGGGGGGGAAAAAAAGCAUCAUACAGGCAGUAGGAAUUGGGAAAGUCUUAAACGAGACCUUCUGUCCAUAAAAAGUAAUAAAUCAUUGAAAAUGAAACUGUCCUGUGUUUCAGUUUGGGAUUUGAAAGUGAAGGUUUGAUGCUUUAUUCUGGGAUUUUAUUAUUAUUAUUUUGCUUUUAAUUGUCUUUUUAUCCCGCACAGCGAGUGUGAUGCUUUUGGGGCAUGUCGAGGACAGGAAAUUUAUGGCACAGUCCUUUAUUUGAACACAAAGCCUCGCGUUUGUGAACUUUUUUGUGCUGCUUUACCUUUACUUGGUGUAAUGAAAAUACUCACUCAUUUCCAUAACGUCUCAGAAGAUGUGCAUAGGAAUUAAGUGAAAACGGGUUAUUUUGUGUCCUGAUGGUGUUAGCGUAUUUAUUUAUUUGUUAUGUAGAAGAGUGAAGAUUAAAAAAAAAAAAACAAAACAAAGUCAAACCAAAAAUGGGAAAGAGGGGCUGAAAUGCAGCGUCUCUCCUUCCCAGACUCAUGAACCCACGUAUGAUGUUUACUUGUCUUGAACGUAUCCAACUUUCUGGUCCCAUUUUAUGCAUUUCCUUCUUUGUUGUGAGAAGCUCCGUACCGUGUGCCACAGGGGCUAACGGGUUUGGAAUCUCUUCCCAAAGUCCGCCCCGCUCGGCGCUGUACUUUGAACCAGCAAUACGUCAUUUAAAAAGGCAAAAAUAAACCACAAAGAAAAGCCCGGAGUGAAAAAAUCAAUGUGAUUUCUGGGAUGGUCAGAACCGCUCAGAGCUCAAAGCUACGCGCGUUAUUUCCGCCUGGGUUUAGAUCUGCCUGCUGCCCAACAGAGGGAUGGGCUGGAUGGGUCGCUGGUUUGUUUCCGUGCUCUGUUUAUUGAGAUCCUUUCCUUUAUUUCUUUCUUGUUUUGGUCUGUGUUACGUUUGUCGGGUACGUUUGGUUUGGGUUCUUUUCGCGAGGGCGGUGAUUGUUCUUAAGCAGCCCUCGACGCAUGGCUGAAACUGCUGGAAAUCUCAGCAAGUUAUUGAGGGAAGGAGGGGAGGUUUGCACGGGAGCGGAGCUGCUCUUAAACCGCCUUUGCCUAUGGCUGCUGCUUGCAUCGUGCCAAAGUUGUAGUGAGCUGAGCCUGCGUUUUGAGUCCCAACCCAGCCAAACCUGCCCCUUACACCCUGCUCGUGCGAUCUAAGCUCAGCCCUUAUCUCCCUUCCCCGAGGGCAGCCUGGGAGAGGGACCAUCGCAUCGAGAUUUUAACCGGAUGAUCCCAUUAUUAAAGGGAGAAGGGAAAAGAAGGAAAGCCGGGGCGAGUGCUGAAGCUGCAUUUCUGUAAAGGGAGGAUGAAACGUCGGUGUAAGUUAAAGUGCUCGUGUCUGGGCUCAGUGCUUCCCACCGAGGGCUCGCCGCUCCCCGAGCUCGUUGGGGAAAACACCGCAAAAACGGGCAUGAAUCAGUCGGAAAAUAAAGGGCGAGCUUUUCAGAACGAGGGCAUUCGGCGGGAUUAACUACGGGCGGCGGUUAAUUUCUGCCCUUUUCUCAUCCCUAGCAGUCCGCACAGUGUCUUGUAAGACUUGCUCUUUUGUUUUAGAGCCCGGAGAAAACUCUUUGUUCCUCCUCGGGGUUAGCCCAGUUCUCAGACUUGCACAUGGCAAUACUUGAAUAUCUCCACGUCGUGAUAUUAAAGAUGGAUAUUCCCGCAUUAUUCGCAUCAUUGUUUCUACGACAAAAAGCACGGAGUUCAUACAUAGUAAAGACGUCUUUUUUUCUGACGCCUUCACGUUGAGAAGCUGAAAAGGUAUUUUACUGAAGUUCGGCUAAAUUGCAGGAACAGGUUCACCCAGAGGACAAAUUUUCUAUUCGAUUAGUUGUAUUUCAGCCGGGAAGAGUGACCUCUAAACCCUUAACCUUUUGGACCCAAACUGCUCUUCCCUUUCUCUGGCAUGGAGAGCAGCUCGCAGCGGCGCUUGGGGAGGGAAUUCCUCGGGCAAGUUAUCAAGUUUUGUUCCAUCCAAUUCCUGCGUUUCGUCUCCGGAGCUGACCAAAGCCCUCCCUUCUCUCUUCAUGCGAACCUAGGAUAAAAGGGGGGGGGGGGGGGGGGGGGGGGGGGUGGGGGGAAGGAAAGAAAAAGAAAGGAACAAUCCUCUCCCUGGCUGCUCCCCUUGAAAAUACCCCUCCCGGCCCCCCGUUGCCCGCUCAAAGUCUGUGACAAGUUGGCUCGGAGAGGGAAGAACGCGGUGCUCGGGAGGGAGAUGCCAAGUUUGGCCUCUGUGGUGCCAGGCCGGAAAAUAAUGUCCCGGGAUAAGCAGACCUCGCUUUGUGCUCCUUAUCGUGCGAGAUCGCUCCUCAAGUUAGAGGGCCAAAUUCUGCUCCCAGCUUUCCUUCCCCCGCCCACUGCAGUCAAACGAGGAUGUAGCUGCGAGCAGAAUUUGGCUCAUUGCCUUUUGAAAUGUUAAUAUCUCCGGGACGAGUGUUGGCUUCAGCAGGCGCUGCUCCCAUAGCCCUCUGCACGUCCCUUUGAGCGAGGCCGGGGCACCGCAAGUUUACAGAGUUGUCAUUGCCCUGUAAGCCCCGGGAAUAUGGGAGCUGGAGGCAGAAAGCACCAACGCAAAUAAAUGGUUUCCAGCUGCCAAUGCUCCGAAGGGUCAGGAAUGUGGGCAGUAACGACCAGGAGCACCCACUGGCCGUUACCACCCGUGGAAAAGGAACCCGAGAUUUAUUCUUUAUGAUUUUUAACCCUCUUCCGGGGUCAUUCUGUGCGGGAGAGGGAACCCCUCGUUUUUACCAUGGAUGAAACGCUGUGUGUCGAAGCCUUUGUUAAAUGCUCGCGUUGCCCAGCAAUACUUUGGUCUCUGUUCAAGUGUGAUGCUUUUACAGACUUUGCAAAUAUUUUGCUGCCGUUGAUCAAAGCGUUAUUUAUACUGAUUGUCGCCUGUAAUUUUGAUGUAAGCCCUCCAUAUGCAUUUGAAAUAAUAAAAGGUGUAGAGAAAUCGAUUCUGUUUUGUACCUUGUACCAGCAGCCCCUCCGAGGCGGGUCCGUGCGAAAAACCUGUCCCUCCCGUCAUUACCAUGCUAAGAGACGAGUGACUCCGCAUUGCAUCCGUCCAAAUGUCCCUUUGAACAGGUCUGCCGAUGGCCCCGCCAUCGUGGUGUGACUCCAGGCCAAGCUGGAGCCUGUAUUUACAUUGAGGCUGCAGUUAAAAGCGCCUGCCACCCAUUUGCCGCUGCUUUGCAUUUAACAAGCCCUCCUAGAACGACUGCGGGGUUUGUGCGCGUGUGGUGGGUGCGGGAGCCCCACCUGAAGCCACCUCGGUCCCCACACAGAUGCGUGGCUCCGGGAAGCGCGACGUCGAGCUGAAAAUACGGUGCAACGACAAGCUGAAAAUGCAGCGCAGUGAGCGCCUUUCAGUUUCACUCGUUGGCCUGACGCAACCGAAAGAUCACACACAAACACAGACUUGGAGAGUUUAGACUGCCCCGUGCACCCAAGGCAGGCACCACUGUCUUCCAACCCCGCGUAAGCGCCUCAGCCAACGCCGCAUCCCCUGCGCUGGUGCCAGGAGUGCUGCCAGGGAGGACCCGGGCCCUCGGAGCGCGCUCAGGGCACGGGGCCAAAGCGCAGCAUCCCGCGCAGAGGGGCGAGCGGCGCUGCGCGGCCCGCGUGCGCCCUCGGGGCAGGGGGGGCCGUGCAUCCACAGCACCGCGUUAAGCGCUGAGACCCAUUCAGCGAUUAUACUUUCUCUCUGCCGUUUAAUGGCUCCUCCUGUUACCCCGAUACAUCAAUACGGCUCUGCGUGCUGUAUGGCCGCUAGUCGUUAAGCCAAGAGACCAAAAUAAUCGUGCUAGGAACAGUCAUAACAGGCAGAAUUUCAAAGUGCGAGGAAGAUGAUAAGAAUAGAUUUCUACAAGUCCUGACCACGUGAUUCGCGAAAUAAUUAAUUCAGCACGUCCCUUAAGAAACACGGAGUCGUCAUUAAUCUGCCAAGCAAAGGACUCUAUCAGACUUGAAAACUGAAGAGAUCCCAAGAAUAUAAUAUACAAAGGGCGCAGCCCCUCUCUCCGCACACCUAGCUCCGUGCAAGCUGCCGAAAAAACAGCCGCCCGCCUCCAGCCAGGGUUAGUCCUUGCCGCCCGCCCGCUCCUGGGACGGAGAAGGAGAAAACAAAAAUCCCCGCUCUCCGUUCCGCCCUGCGCACGGCCGCCGGAGCAGCGCGGGUCGCGGCCGGUCCCAAACCUCUCCUCUCCCUCCGCCGGCAAUCUCUGAGCCCUGGGAACACCCCGCGGAAUUCACCUUUUUCCCGGCGCUCGGGCGGGCGCGUAAGUGCGGACGCCGUGCGGCGCGGAGAGGCGCGGAGCCCCGGGCCGGGAGAGGGGCGCGGGGGGGGCCUGGCUGGGAGCUGCCGCGCCUCGGCCCGAAGAGAGCUGCUCCCGGCAUCACGUGGGUAAAGCCGGCUGUAUUGGAAGGCAGUGCCCAUAUUUCUGGUUAUAAAGGGCUUUCUCCUGCUCGUCCCCAAAAUUCAUCAAUGGCCGCACGAUUUAAAAACAAAACAAAACGAGAAGGCGGCCAAUUGCUGCCUUUGAUUCCGGGAGGCUGAUGGCUGAAGGGCCGCGUGUUGAGUUUUUUUUUUUUUUUUAACCCCACCAAAUUCCGAUUUCCACUCGCUCUCUUUUAUUGGUAGCUGAGCCCGGGCUUGUUCUCAUUCUAUCGGGAAUUCUGGUGUGGAAAUGUCUGUAAAACCGCAGGAUCGGGUUUAGGACGGUGCUGGCUGCAGACAAAGGGGGAAGGAUGUAUUCUAAGAACCGCGAGCGCACAUCCUGAAAAGUGAGGAGCCCAGGUUGUGAUAAAUGGGCACACAGGUAAGGAACUGCAUGGCAAAACGGGACCUUUCCCCACAGGGGCUGCAUUACCGCCUUUACUCGGAGACCGCCCGGAAUUUGUUUGUAAUCUCUGCCCAUAACGCGUGGAGUAACGUCCACCUCCUUGGAGGCUGUAAGCUCUGUCUUUUAUUAUGCUGCUUAAAUAAAAGGCAAACUCCUUCCCAAGGGCUGGGGGAAAAGCUUCGUCCCUCUCCUAUCUCCAUUUUUCGGUGGUUUCAAGGAGGGGAUUGCAAAUAACAAAGAAAAGGGGGAGAGACAACUUUGCUGGAUGCUCCCGUUGCAAAGUAAGAUGGAGCACCACGAUACUCGUUGCCGUGGCGGGGGGGGGGAGGCGUGCUGGUUUGUAACGUGCGAUCUCAAACAGGCUCGUCGGUUAACGCAGCCCCUCAGUUGGGUUUCCGAAAUCUUCCUGCCAGGUGCGUUCUCGUGCCCUUUCCCCCCACGUUUGUGUCGCUCAGUGGCUGCUGCCCCCCUCUCCCCCACGGUUGUUUUAGUCCUGCUAUUACCUGGCAGCCCGCGCCCCCGGCUUCUGCCGCUGCAGCUCGCGGUGACAUUUAUCCGCCGGGAAGCCGUCCCGGUGCGUUCGGGAGGUGGGAGCAGCAGGACGGUGCCUGCCUGGGAGUGCCCGGGGGCUACGGCCGCUCAGAAGCGCUGGGAGCGGCCUCAGCUCCCCGCAGCUCGGCUGCCUCCCCCAACCCAGGGCCGGUUUCCCCCGGCCCCGACCCGCGGCCUGCGCGGAGCUCCCAGGCUGUGUUUGCGGGGAACCCCGCGCAGAGCCCCGCGUCGUACUGGGGUAGGGCUGCGGCCGGACAGCGAGGAGAGGGAAGGGAAGAAAGAAGUUGUUUCUUGUCGGCUUUUGUGAGUGUGUGUGUGUGUGUGUGUGUGUGUGUGUGUGUAUGCGCGUCCUUGUGCUGCGCGUUGCUCUGCUCGAUGGGAAGUUAAAGGCAGCGAACAUUUUUCUUAGCUGUAUGCCUCCGAGCUGCUGGCCUGCCAAGUUAGUCAGCUGAAUCCAAUUACUGCGAGCAGCAUUUCAUUUGGCUCGAUGGAAGCACUCACUUACAACUUCACCUAAAAUUUCAAUAAUACCGAUAUUGGGCCCACGCCUGAAUAAUCGUAAAGAUUUCCCCGGUGGAGCUCCGGGAACUCCGCCGCGGCUGCGGGAGCGCAGCGCCCGGUUCCCUCCGCGCUGCAGAACGUCGGGGCUCUGCAGGGUGCGGGGCUGGCGGCCUCUGGCCGAGGAACGCGCAUCCAGAGCGGCUUCUGAGGCUGCUUCGGAAAAGGAAGAGAAGUCGAUAAUUAAUUAGGCGCAGAGUGAAAACUUACCGGGCUCAUCACCAGCGGGCUGGCCGUGCGCUCUCUGCGCAGCCCCACUUGCGCUCUCCUCGCGCAGGCCGCAAAGUGCUAUUUCUAAUGAACUCUGCUUAAAAAAAUAAAGCACUUAAAGUUGACGUACGCCCACGUGCAUAUAUUAUAUAAGACGUUCCCGGGACAGGCCCGGGCCAAGAACCUGAGCGAGCACCGUGUGUAAUCGUGAAGCUCCGCUUCCCCAACUCCGGUUUGCCGGCAUAAAUUAAGGUCCGCGCCCAAGGAUUAUCCAAAGGAACCUGAAGACCCUACACACACAGUUAAGGUCAAAAUUCAAGAAAAAACAAAAGUGUGGUGGCUCCCGCGGCGGCGAGUGGCCCGGGCCGACGACGUGAGGCGCGGGGCGGCGGUCAAUGAUCUUUGAGCAGGGGCCGCGGGCCUUGGCGAUCGCAGAGAGCAAGAUGCAGAAAACCGCCUACUACGACAACGCGGGGCUCUUCGGGGGCUACACGUACAGCAAGGCCGACGCCUACCCCUACGGCGCGGCCCAGCAGCCCUACGGCGCGGCCGGCCUGGACGGCGAGUACCCCGGCUCCGCCUGCUCCGUGCAAGGCUCCGCGCCCGGCCGCGGCCCGGCCCCCAAGGGCCCCGAGCUGGGCGGCAGCUGCAUGCGAACGGCCGGGGGCGGCCCCGGGGGCAGCCAGCCUCCCGGCAUCGGCGAGCAGCAGCCCCCGGCUCUGCCGCCGUCCUCCCCGCCCAAUCCCUCCAGCGCGCCCCCCCCGAAAAAAGCCAAGGGGGGGCCCAACGCCUCCGGCUCGGCCUCCGCCACCCUCAGCAAGCAGAUAUUCCCCUGGAUGAAGGAGUCCCGGCAGAACUCCAAGCAGAAAAGCACCUGCCCCCCCUCAGGAGAGAGCUGCGAGGACAAGAGCCCCCCCGGACCGGCCUCCAAGCGGGUGCGCACCGCCUACACCAGCGCGCAGCUGGUGGAGCUGGAGAAGGAGUUCCACUUCAACCGCUACCUGUGCCGGCCGCGCCGCGUGGAGAUGGCCAAUCUGCUGAACCUGACCGAGCGGCAGAUCAAGAUCUGGUUCCAGAACCGCCGCAUGAAGUACAAAAAGGACCAGAAAGCCAAAGGCAUCAUGCACUCCCCCGCCGGCCAGUCCCCGGAGCGCAGCCCCCCGCUGAGCGGCGCGGCCCACGCCGGCUACUCGGGGCAGCUGCCCGCCGUCGGCGGCCUGGGCUACGACGCGCCGUCGCCCACGCCGUUCGCCAAGGCGCAGCAGAGCAUGUACGGGCUGGCCGCCUACACGGCGCCGCUGGGCGGCUGCCUGCCGCAGCAGAAGCGCUACGCGGGCGCGGAGUACGAGCCGCACCCCCUGCAGAGCGGCGGCGGCUUCGGCAACCCCGGCCUGCAGGGCAGCCCCGUCUACGUCGGGGGCAACUUCGUGGACUCGAUGCCGGCCUCGGGGCCCGUCUUCAACCUGGGCCACCUGCAGCACCCCUCCUCCGCCAGCGUGGACUACAGCUGCGCCGCGCAGAUCCCCGGCGGCCACCACCACGGACCUUGCGACCCCCACCCCACCUACACGGACCUCUCCUCGCACCACGCGUCUCAGGGACGGCUGCAGGAGGCCCCCAAGCUCACGCACCUGUAGCGGCCGGGCCGGCGCCGGCGAGCGGAGCGGGCUCGCCUCUAUUACCUCACUCCUCCGACGGGACGGGGCCGACGGGGCGGGUGCGUGCCCCCCGGGGCCGCCCCUUUUGCUGCUCCGAGCUGCUCGGAGCACGGCAGUGCAAUACGCCGCGACCCGGGGACUGGUAGCUGGUAGCGGUGUGCCCGAGGUAAGUCGUAGGGAUCACGUAGAGGUAGCAGCGCGUCGCGCUGAGGUGUGUUAGAGCAGCUGUGAGCGCCCAGCUUAUUUCCGACGAGUUAAUUUAUGAAUUCCUCCGUAACGUAAGGAUCGCAUCGGACUAAACGAUACCUAUUUAUUAUUUGAAAGCGAGACAUUUUUGUAUCACUGAUUAUUUAUCCUCGUCUUAAUGUAUUUAUGUGGCUAUUGGUAGAGUUUCUUCGCCGACACUCGGGAGCCCGACGCAGGGCCGCCCCGCCCGUCAGCACGCCCGGCCCGAGCCGUUGGGAGCGUAGUGGUGAGCAGUCGUAACCGUGGCUGGUGUUCGUAGUUUGUGUAAGGAUUAAUUAAGACAGCGAGUCGUAAGUCAUUAAUAGGGUGAAACAAACCGCGGCGUCACGCAAGGAGCCGUUACACUUCACGAAGAAAGAAGAAAAGGGAAUUAUUUCUCGGGUAUUUAUUUCGCCGGGCCGGCCCCGCGGUGGGUGCAGAGCCGGCCCUGCCCGCGGAGCCUCGCGCCUAUUUAUUGACCGGGUAGAAGCGCACACCUUCUUGCGGUGGGCUAUUUACUUUUUCUAUUUUUUUUUUAAUUGCAUUCUGGCUAUCUGGGAUAGGAAAGAAAUUAGAAGCUUAGCGGGAAAAAAAAAAAAGGGAAAAAAAAAACCCACACCCUCUGAUAGCGCUAAUUUCAUUAGGGUCUCCAUAGCAAUCCGUGCAGCAGCUGCCGCCUCCUUUGUUAUUUAUACUGUUGUCUUUAUACUAACCAUAAAUCAAUUUUGUAGACAUCUUUGGAAGCCCGAGCUUUUCCUCUUGUUUUUUAUCAUAAAAAAAUAAAUAAAAAAUAAAUAAACUUUGAAAGAAAAUUGACAAUCAGAAACGUGCAGCCGGGUUUGGGGCUCCUGGCCAGGACGGUCCUGGCCGCCUCUGCCACGAGUGGGACAGCGAAUGCGUGGGGAGAAUGGGAUAAAUAUAAGAAAGCAGGGAUGAAAAGAAAGGAGAAAAGGGAAAGAUGCUCUGAAACCUCGAGUUUCCUCCUCUUUAGUUACGCAGCUGUGUUGAACCCCUCACUGGGCUCACAGAGAUACUCCUGUUCAAGGCACUGAGGUCUCCUCCCAAUGGCACGCUUCACCCCGAGAAGACUGCCCUAUCUGCUAUCUAGAAGCGUCCAGUUAAAGAUGAACCAGAUCUUUGCAUUCCUCACAAAGCUCUCCGAUGCUCACUUUGCAGUUUGCAAACACUGCAGCUCCCUCUGCAUCCUCUAAGACAGGACCUGGAAUUCCCAUUGUGAGAGACGCGUUAACUCCUCCAGUUCUGGCCAACGCAGCCACGUUUUCCUUUCUUCUCUUCCUCCCUUCUUUCCCCUCCUCGCUCUCCUCCCCACCUUCGGGUGUUGGUGUUUGGCCGGACAGCAAUGGUACAAAAUGUUACUUGGGGUUUUAUUUUGCCCUCUGUGCGAUUUGAGCGAUGUCGUGCCGCGUUGAGAAGUGUAUCUUUUGUUAACUUUCACUUUGACCCAAGCGGAUUUGGAUAUAUGUGUUGUAGAUCUGUAAACAAACCGGAACAGAAUAAACUACUUUGAUUGGAGACAUAUUUUAA